CAUUCCAACAUGGCCGCGCAGUGAGAGAAGCGCUAGCAUCCUUCGCUGCUCUCAUGACGAAUAUCAGAACGUAGGGGAGUUAAUUGUUCCCACGUUGUGAAGAGACGUGUGUCGGGAUGUGGCCGCGGCUUCGCUCGGUCUGUUCCGGAAGCCGAACGGUCUGCAGAAGAGGAGCUGCUCUGUCAAAGCCGCCGAAGCUAACGGCUAAUGCUAACGUCAGUCACUUCAGCCAAUCAGCUGGAGUGUGUGCACCGACACGCUCAGCUCUGCAGUACAGACAACACGGGGACCCCUCUCAAGUCCUUAAGUUGGAAGAUAUAGAUCUGCCACCCAUAGGCGCAAAGGAUGUUCUGGUUAAGAUCCUGGCAGCCCCCAUCAACCCGUCUGAUAUCAACAUGAUUCAAGGUACUUACGCCAUCCUGCCUGACCUCCCAGCUGUUGGAGGCAACGAAGGGGUGGCCCAAGUCCUAGAGGUGGGCAGCCUGGUGAAGUCCCUCAAAACAGGAGACUGGGUCAUCCCAAGGGAUGCAGGUCUAGGUAUGUGGAGGACAGAGGCAGUGUUCUCUGAAGACGAUGUCAUCUCUCUCCCAAAUGACAUUCCCCUGCUGUCUGCUGCCACGCUGGGGGUUAACCCCUGCACUGCCCUCAGGAUGCUGUCUGACUUUGAAGAUCUCAAGCCAGGUGACACAGUGAUCCAGAAUGCAGCUAACAGUGGAGUCGGGCAGGCUGUCAUACAGAUUGCUGCUGCAAGAGGAGUGAACACAAUCAAUGUCGUCCGAGACAGGCCAGAGUUCACACAGCUCAGUGAUAGGUUGAAGGCCAUCGGAGCAACUCAUGUGAUUAAAGAAGAGGCGCUGAGGCGGCCUGAGUUUAAGGAGCUGUUCAAGACAUUUCCAAAGCCAAAGCUGGCGUUAAAUGGAGUCGGAGGCAAGAGCGCAACAGAGCUGCUCCGGCAUCUACAGAUUGGAGGCUCCAUGGUGACGUAUGGAGGGAUGGCCAAACAGCCGGUUACUGUCCCUGUGAGCGCUCUUAUCUUCAAGGAUGUGAAGGUUCGGGGGUUUUGGGUCACACAGUGGAAGAGAGAUCACUCAAAAGAUGAACUCGCAUUUCGAGCCAUGGUAGAUGAACUGUGCUCCCUCAUCCAGCAGGGAAAGCUGACGGCUCCUGCUUGCACCGAGGUGGGACUCCGAGACUUCAGCAAAGCUCUUGAAGCGUCUAUGAAGCCUUUCACUUCAGCUAAACAGGUCCUUAUCAUCUGAACAUCCCGGUCUUAUCCAGAAAAACUGUCAAGAUCCCAUUGUAUGGACUGAAGUGUGUUGUUUAUGUGUCAAAUACACUGCUCCAGCACAUCGGCUACUCAAUAAAUGUGUCUUUAAUUGG